GUGCGAGUAAAACGAAACUCGUGCCUUUCCGACUCUGUACGGUACUCUUUGUUCAGCUUCACCGUCGAUGGCAGCUCCGUGAGCAUUGGGCAGGACUUCAGUAUUACUCAAAGGCAGGCGGUCGUGACAAUGGAAAAAUGAACCGGACAGUGAAGCGUAGGAAGGGGGGAAAAAACGCUUUUGGUGCCACUUCCCCACCUUUUAUUGACUACCUGAAGGAGAUUUUGAGAAGAUACCCGGAUGGGGGACAGAUAUUGAAGGAGCUAAUACAGAACGCAGAUGACGGACAAGCUUCUGAAGUUGUGCUCAUCCAUGAUGAGAGAACAUAUGGCACGCACAGUGUGUGGACUGAGGCUCUUGGAAAGUUUCAAGGACCUGCUCUCUAUGCUUACAAUAAUGCCGCCUUCUCUGAAGAAGACUGGGAGGGUAUACAGCAAGCAGGAAGGAGCAUCAAGCAGGACGAUCCAACAAAAGUGGGGAGAUUUGGGAUUGGCUUCAACUCUGUAUACCAUGUUACAGAUUUGCCAUGUGUGUUUAGCUCCAAACACCUUGCUGUUUUUGACCCUCAAAAGAUGAUGUUUGAUGAAGAACGUGAGGGCUAUCGAUGGUCACUGGAAGAUGAAGAGGACAAAGAUCACCUUGCAAAAUAUACAGACCAAUUUAAGCCUUUUCAAGAUAUUGUUAGUCUAGUCUUCAGUUGUUCUUGGGACGAAAUCAUUAGAGGAGAGUACUUCAAAGGAACACUUUUCCGAUUCCCUUUGCGUAAUGAACCUUCGGAGAUUUCUGAUAACUUGUACAAUGCCAAGAAGGUCACGCAACUCUUUGACAGCUUCAUUGCAGAUGUGGAUAUUAGCCUUCUGUUUCUGAGAAAGGUGUCAUCCAUUUCUUUGCUUCAUAUUGACACAAAUGGGACUGUUAAUGUCAGGAUGAAAGUUUCUGUGUCAUCUUCAAGUCCUCUCCAAGAAUGUGGGAUGCUUGAUUUCCAAAGAGAGUACGUAGAAGGCACAACCAGUUUUAAGACUGUGUCCUGUAAUUCGCCAUCUAAGGAAGAAACCAAGACCAAGUGGCUAGUGACAGCCUGUCAUCUAAAAGAAGGAUGUGUACCUGAGAUUGACACACUUGCUGUCAAGAUGAGUUUUCAUCCUCAAGUUGAUGUAGCAUUUCAGUGUGAUCAAAAUGGAACACAUGCCGCUGGAGGUCUGAGCUGCUUUCUGCCUCUUCCAAACAACGAGGCAAAUAAAACCGGGCUCCCUGUUCACAUUAAUGCAUGCUUUGGCCUUACAGACAACCGAAGGUACAUCAAAUGGCAGGAGGUUGACCAGAAGAACGACGAAGCCGCCAUGUGGAAUGAACUGCUGGUGAAGGAGGUGCUUCCUCAUGUAUAUCUAAUGAUAAUACACGAUGCCAUUCAGUUGGCCAGAAAAUCCAAACUGCCUGCCAGCACUGUUUACAAUCUUUGGCCUGACCUGAGCAAGACAAAACACAGGGUCAGAUGGCAUGAGGUUGCAAUGGUUUUUUUUAAAUGGUUAUUACAAGGUAAAGAAGUAUUUUAUCUUGCCGAAAAUGAGACAAGCUGGGUGGGCAUUUCUGAUGCAGUUUUUCUGAAUGGCACUGUUGAUGCAUGUACAAUGUCUGCAGUUGCCCAGCUAUUGAUUUCAGAAGGAGAAAAUCUUGUUACUGUACCUGAACAUGUACUGAAGGCAAUAGAAAGAACUUUCCCAGAAGCUGGCAAACUGCAUUGGGUGACCCCAUGUUUAGUCAGAACCGUGCUCUGCAGAAGUGAGCUUGGACGUCUUUGUAAGGGUGACAAACUGUCUCUCUUGGAGUAUGUGCUUCGUGAUGGAAACUAUAAAGAGCUACAUGGUCUACAGCUUCUGCCACUUAGUGAUGGAAGGUUCAGAUCAUUUACCAAUGAGGAGGAUGACACCGCUUUGAUUGACAGUGAAGAGUUUCCACGAGUGCUGUUGCCAUUUUGUAAAGAGAGGUUUUUGCCUGAUGAUCUGAAAUGCAGCACAAUCCAGCAUAUAAGACAAAUGGCUGUAAAAAACCCAGAUUUGUAUGCACUAAUUAAUUUGGAUGCAAAGAAUGUUGCCACACUCGCAAAGAAACACUUACCCAGAGACUGGAAAGAGGGACAAGGUCAUGUGAAAUGGAAUUCUGGUAAACAGGAUCAUCCACCAAAAACAUGGCUGACAGAAUUUUGGAAAUUUCUGAAUACUCACUGGGACGAGCUAAAGGAAUUUAUUGGCAUGCCUUUAAUCCCCCUGGAACCACUUCAAAAAACAGGUAGCUGUACACUGUUGGCAAGACUAGAGAAGAAUUCCACUUUAAUAUUCCAGAGUAGCAGAGAGUCUAGCUUAUCAGAUCAAAUUCAGAAGGUGCUGCAGACGGUGGGAGGCACAAUCAUUAAAAAGGAUGAGUGUCUGAAGCAUCAUGACAUUGAAAAUUACGUCCUGCUAACUUCACCAAAGAAUGUUCUUCAAGUCCUCUUGAACUGUAACGGAGACAAGGUCAUCAGUGGCAUCACUUCUGCUUCCCUUCAUGAAAAAGAAGAGCUAAAGACGUAUCUCUCAUCUUUAGAAAGUCUCUCGGAGGCCGAGCAAAAUUUGCUCUCAGCUCUGCCCAUCUUCCGACUGAUGUCUGGAAAAUACGUUGCUGUUCAGUCAAAACAGGCAGUUAUUUUGAAGUCCAACCCAUCCAUCCCACAUGAUCUGCCCGUGCCUGAGACCAUUGUGCAGUGUGCGAAUGAAGCUGAUCGCAGGCUGCUGACUCUUCUGAAGGUUGAUCUUCUAGAUGCAGCGCAGUUAGCCUUUCAGCUGGUGAACUGCAUUGAGAAAAUGUAUUUCAGCAAUGAAGAUGAGGAGAAGGUAAUGACUUGGAUACUGACACAUGGAAACAUCCUCUUCUCACAAAGUGGGGAAUUGCUUGGUAAAAGCAAGAAUCUGUCUUUCAUUAAGACAGAACAGGGAGAGCGUAAACAACCGUCAAGUGUAUUUGAUCCCACAAACAAAGUUUUUCAAGAUCUUUUUGAGGAAGAUUUCUUUCCGCUACCAGUUUACAGAACCCCAUUGAUGCUUCAGAGCUUGAAACACCUUGGUCUACAAAUAAAAGAAGAACAAAUUUCCUCAAUAGCUUUACUUCACGUUGCCUCACAAAUCCAAAAACUCCAUGUUCACUCACGAAAUAAGGCAUUUAAAAAGGCAGAUGUUCUUGUAAAAGUGCUGAAUAGAAAUGAUUUACUCUCAAACUUCUCUGAUAAGGAGAGAAGAGAGCUUAUUCAAAUGCAAUGGGUGCCAUGUGAAAAUCCAAACACCUUGAAUAUGAAAGGCAAUCAGAAGAGGGGUCUCUACAAACCAUCUGAAAUAAGGGCUUCAAAGUAUUCCCCAAUUGUGGGACAUGUCAUGCCACUUACUGUAGAGUUAAGUGAGGGUGUUUGUGAAAAACUCAACCUUCUUACCCCUCCUCCAGCUGAAAAGGUCAUGGAGAACCUGUGUGUUUUGGGAUCAAUGGCUCCAAUCAUGGCCAACCCAGAUUCAGAUUAUGAAUUUAAAAACAAAUUACACAGCACUUACAAAUUUAUGCAAGAAAACAUUGAAUAUUUCAGAGGAGAGAUUAACAAGAAAUGCAUCGCCUGGCUCUGGUGCCAGAACGAGUUUGUGUCGCCUCGAGAUGUAGUGCUUUUCUAUCCACCUGAAUUGGAUCUUUCCCUUUACAUCAAGAAAGUGCCACAUGAAUUUUUACCAUAUGCCAAACUGCUGAAAGAGUUUGGUGUAAAGGAGUCACUCAUGCACGAGGAGAUUGAAGACAUAUUUCAUGACAUAAAACAGAGCAUUGAUGACAGAGACCCACCUUUUGGUGAGGCUUCGGAACUCAAGGUGUCCAUAGCCAUCCUUGAUUGGAUGCGAAAAAAUGAAAUGCCAUUGAGUGGCAGUACCCCUGUGCCCGUCAGGGCACCAAACCAGAAUUUCACUCUGCAGCCGUUGAAGAACACAGUAUUCUGUGACAUCAGUGAUGAAGGGUUAGAUGACCUGAGACAAGACCAGGAGGAAUUCCACGUUAUUCAUGAGGAGGUACUAAGUGUGACUGCAAAAUGGCUGAAAAUUCCUUUGCUAAGUACCCGCAUCUUAAAACCACAGUUUAUAAGAGUCGAGGAAGAAUGUCCAGGAAUUGAGCAAUGUGGGCAAGCAGAGCCAAUCACACAGAGAAUUAAAAACAUACUCAAGGAGUACGAUGAGGAAAGUGACAUUUUCAAAGAACUCAUACAAAAUGCAGAAGAUUCUGGGGCAAGAACAUGCGGUUUUCUCCUUGACUUCAGAGUGCACCUUCCCGAAAGCCUCAUUGAUGAUGGAAUGGCCUUGUGCAAUGGGCCCUGUCUUUGGGCCUUUAAUGAUAAGCUUUUUUCAGAAGAAGACUGGAAAAACAUUGUCAGAAUUGGAUCCAACUCAAAAGGAAACAAGAUUGAGAAAAUUGGUCACUUUGGACUUGGUUUCAAUGCUGUUUACCACGUGACGGAUAUUCCCUCUAUUUUAAGUGGAAAAUGUCUUCUCAUUCUUGACCCAAAUGUCACCCACUUGGAAAAACACAUUCACAGCGAAGCAAAUCCUGGAAUUAAACUUGACUUGUUUCAAGAACGGCUGUUCAGGAGAUUUCCUGGGCAGUUCAAACCCUAUCAAGGAAUUUUUGAUUGUGAUCUAUCAAGAGCUAACCAUACAUAUUACAAUGGAACCCUGAUUAAAUUACCAUUUCGCACUGCAGAAGAGGCUCUUAAGUCAGAAAUUAGUUCUAAAGUGUAUGACAAAGAGCGCAUAAAUGCCUUUCAGGAACAUUUCACUAGUGAUUCCCAAACUCCUCUGCUAUUUCUACAGAACAUAACGUCUGUGCCUUUUCAGAUCAUUUCUGAUGAUGCUUUCACACCUCCACUACAGGAACAAAUUCAGACACUAUUCAAAAUCACCAGAGAGGUAGUAUGUUCCAUUAAUAUUUCAAAUGAAUCCCACCUCCAAGAGAUCAGGGACACUUUGGAAAACCUUGACAUGAGUUUCCACAAGAUUGUUGAUUGCUUCACAGCACACAUUGAUAAAAUAAUUCAUGAGCAUGCUGGGACAUCCAGCAGCCAGUAUUGGCUUCUUUACUCAUGUCUUGGAAGUAAAGAUUCAAUGAGAAUGUUUCAGAGAGAAUUACAAGAGUUAAAGUUUUCCUUGCCAGUUGGAGGAGUUGCUGUACCUCUACAAAGAGAAUCAGAAAAUGUAUGGUCCCCUGAUGAAAGCUGUGAGGUCGGUCAGGCUUUCUGUUUUCUGCCUCUUCCAAUUGAGACGGGCCUCCCAGUUCAUAUCAAUGGGUCUUUUGCAGUCACAUCCAACAGGAAAGCUCUCUGGGAAAGUGGUACAAAAAAGGAAUGGAACAAAGCAUUACUCCAAGAUGCUGCAGCCACUGCCUACAUUACUACACUGCUUGAGUUGAAGAACCUGGCCCAAAAUGGGAAUCUUCAAAAUUAUGCAUACUGCACAUUCUGGCCUGAUGGUGAAAAAGUAGGUAAAGCAUUUCAACCCUUGGUUCAUGCCAUUUACUCAGCUGUUGCACAGAACACAAAGGAAGGAUCUCUCAAACUCUUUAGUAAUGGACAAACAUGGUGCUCAAUUAACAAUGCAAGAUUUCUGGAUCCAAAUAUUGAAGGAAAUGAAGCAGUGGGAGAUAUAGCUCUGAAAGUGUUCCUAAAUGACACAGACUCUGGCUACUGUGCCGUUCCUUUGCCAUCAUGGGUAAGAAAUAGUUUUAUUCGUUGUGGUUUCAGUGAGGUGAUAAAAGAGAAGACAUUUCACUGGGUUGAGUUUUAUCAAAUGGUUUUCAAAAACUUGAAAAACAUGGAUGCGCAUUGUAGAAAUUGUCUUAUUUUGAAUGCUAUUGACAUGAAUGACCAAGCAGUUGAUGAACUCCUGAAAAGCAAUCCAUGCAUUCCGACACAGAAAGCUGGGACACUUCAGUUCAUCAGCAAACUUGUGAAUCCUCAUGGGAAAGUGGCAUGUCUGUAUGAACCAGAAGAAGGGCGCUUUCUUGAUGAUGGCCAAAAUGAUUAUUUUACACCAAAACGGAUCCAGCGACUGUUGGGUUUGGGGAUGCUGAGUGACGUUCUCACACUUGAGGAAGUUGUAGAGAGAGCAAAGACCAUUUCCAGAGUUUGGGACCAGGACAAAAUGAAAGCACAGAGACAUCUUCAAUGUCUCUUUGACUGUAUGAAGGGAUGUUCUCAUGGUGUUGAUUCCCCAUACUGGGAAAUAUUGGCACAUGUAUCAUUUCUUCCUGGCCAGAUUAUUGAUCAGGACAAUAGUAACACAUCCGUCCUUAAAAAGCCAUCUGACGUGUACAGUUACAGGUGCUACAACUUGGUGAACAUGAUUGAAUUCACUGUUGAUCAUUCAGUUCUGCAUAUACAGCCAGAUGACCCCCUCCUCACAAAAUUGAGGGUGAAUAAGAGCCCACCAGUUGAGACAGUACUCAAACAACUGAAGGAGGUCUAUGAUCGUUCAGAUGCAAUUGAAAAGUCAGAGCUCCUCAGUGUGACCAAAAGCUGCUACGAUUAUCUCAACAAGUAUUUACUUGAUGAUGGAGAUCCUACUGAUAUUAUUAAACAUGCACAAUCAAUUCCAUUUGUUUUUAUUGAAGACCGCUUUGUAAAUGUGCGCUCAGUAGCCAAGACCCAGGAAUUUGAGGGAAAACCAUACCUGUACGUCCUUCCUCCCAUUUUCUCCAAAUUUGAAAAGCUCUGGCACUGUGUUGGCAUCAAAGAAAGGUUUACUGCAGACCAGUUUACUGCUGUACUUGAGGAAAUGAGCACCGUGCCUGGCCCACUUUCAAACUCAGACCUUCAUAUUUGUCACAUCAUAGUUAUAAAAGGAUUGUAUGAGUCUAAAGAAGGCAAGGUUAAAGACUGUCUCCUACCUGAUGAAAGAGGUGUGUUGACAUAUGCAAGUGAACUCAACUUCAAUGACAGUCCUUGGAUGCCACAGCAAGCUGAGCUAAAUUUCUGCCACAAACUGAUAUCGCGUAGUGUUGCAUGUUAUUUUGGCGUAAACACAACAAGGCACCACACACUGAAGAAUCAUGAAGUUGCUGGAUUUUCGCCUUUUGCUAAAGAGUUUGGACAACGAGAGAAACUCACUCUUAGAAUAAAAAACAUAAUUGAAGCAUAUCCAGCUAAGAAAGAUAUUCUUAAAGAACUCAUUCAAAAUGCUGAUGAUGCAGGGGCAACGGAAAUCCACUUUGUGUGGGACAAAAGAGUACACAACACCACAAAAAUAUUUGGAGACAAAUGGGAGUUGCUUCAAGGCCCAGCACUAUGCGUGUACAACAACAGCAAGUUCUCUGAUGAAGACCUACAAGGUAUUCAGCAUCUAGGGGAAGGAGGAAAACGAGGCACUUUGGGAUGAACUGGGAAAUAUGGAAUUGGUUUUAAUUCGGUUUACCAGCUGACCGAUUGCCCAUCUGUAUUAUCUGGUGAUGAAUAUCUCUGCAUAUUUGAUCCGAAUCUAAAAUAUGUCGAAAGUAGUACCCAAGAAUCACCAGGCUGCAUGUAUUCCAUGGAAGAAAAAUUCAAAGAGUCUUUCAAGGAUGUUUACCAUACUUUUCUUCCAGACAAAUUUGACCUUAACUCUGGAACAAUAUUCAGGCUUCCCCUCAGGACAGAAAAAAUGGCAGAUCUAUCAGAGAUAUCUAAACAUGUAGUUGAAGAUUACGAAAUGAAUGAACUUUCCCAAACUUUGACUAAAGAUCCUGAGGGACUGAUUCUCUUCUUGAAGCACAUCACAAAAAUACAGUUCCAUGAGAUCAGCACCAAUGGACGUGAACAGAAUUAUUUUCUAGUUGAGAAAAAUGUCUCGGAGAAUAACAUACAGGAAAGGGAAUGUUUUCAUAACGAUGUUCAGAACUGUCUCAGAUCUGGAAAUGUAAUUCCAUGUCAAGCAGUAUAUAAUGUGCAGAUCUCAUAUGGAGAAAAGCACAGCCAGUGGGUUGUUGCAGAGGAGUAUGGUUCCUUCACACAAAGCCAUGAGACAGAAGACCACUCAAAUCGCAAGGUCUCUCAAGUGGCCCUGGCAGCUUGUGUGGACAAAAAAGCAGUGGGAAAUGAAUUUCAUGGAAGGGUGUUUUGCGCUCUACCACUGCCAAUCGAAACAGGUCUCCCUAUCCAUGUAAAUGGAAACUUUGAAGUGGAUUUUUCUAGAAGAGAUCUCUGGAAGGAGGAUGCUGAGAGUUUAAAGACUGAGUGGAAUCAGUCAUUGAAACUAAACUCUAUUGCACCUCUGUAUGCUGACCUCCUAACAUUUCUCUGUGCAACUUUUAAACAGGAUAAGCCCAGCUGUUUAUAUUCUCUUCAUCACCUGAACUCUCAUUUCCGUUAUUUUCCGACUAUGUCAAAACUUGUUUCACCAGUUUGGCACAAAAUGAUCAGUGAAGUCUACAAGUCAAUCCACAAACGAAACCUUCCUGUGAUACCAGUUCUAAGAUGUGAGGAUCAUUCACAUCUCUCAGGUCCAAAAUACAGAGUUGAUUGGUCCAGUCUCUCAAAACCAGAUUCAAUGGAUUCACCUCAUUUCACUACAAGCACCAAUAAUGACCUCUUUGACAUUUUGGAGAGCAUUGGAAUGAAAAUAGUACCACCCACUUGGAAAAUUUUAGAAGUUAAAGAGAGUUUUAAAACCGCUGGAGUGGAAGUGGUUGAAGUUACUCCUUUGUCAGUGAUAAGUUAUCUGAAGAAAAAACCACUGAAUAAUCCUUUACAGACUGAUGAUGAUUUACCCUUAGCUAUUAACCAGACUUUGCUUAAAGAUGCACAAAGUUGUUCAAAGAUCCUGGAUUUUUGCAUAAUGACUGAAGAUAACAACUCUAGCUCUGUUGACCUCAAUGGGCUCCCUCUUCUACUGACUCAAGACCAGAUGUUAAGGAAAUUCAACUCUGAUUCGCCAAAGCUAAUGUCAAAAUUUAGCAAAAUGUUUCAUGGACAUGAGGCCAAAUUUGCAGAUUUUUGUGUUAAUAGUAAACACAUCAAAAUUUUCCAAGAGGGUAAAUACAUUGAAAAAUUAUCUAUUCCUAUAGCAGCAAAGAUUUUGAAACCAAUACUGCAGCAACUGCUCGAAGAGUCAUUAUAUAAUGAAACAAAUGGACUUUAUACAGCAAGCACACCCAUGAUAACAUGGCUAAAAACACUUUGGAACUUUUUUAAGGAUCAACUCAAAGACGAUUCCCAAGGUAAAGACAAAGGUCAAGCCUUUAGUGAAGUAAAAACACACUUCCUUGACAGUCCCAUUUUGCCUGUCAUUUGCCCAAGUCAAAAUAAAUGUUUCCUACAAACAAUCAGGAAUCUUCAAAGUGUUGUUCUUGAUUGUCAAGAGUUCAUUUCUCCCUCUCUCAUCAAACUUGGAUUCAUGGGGAUAGACCAUACAUUUUUCCAAGGUUUUCAUCUGUUUCUGCAUAAUUAUGUAGAGCCAGAACUCUUAAAUAUCAGAGACACCACUUCUGUUUUGAAACAGCUGUAUCACGUUCAUGAUUCGCAGUUUGAGAUGCUUUCUGGUGAAGAAACUGAUGUGCUUCAACAUUACUUGCAAUCUGGGAUCAGCUUCUCCAAGAACACAGAUGAGUAUAAAAGGAUGCUCAAGUCCUUGCCCUUAUUUGAGACAAUAUCUGGAAAGCGUCAGAGGAUUAAUUUGCAUAGAAAUGUAUUCAUUCUUCAAGCUGAGUUCAAAGGAAGCUUUCCAGACUUGUACAUUUUGGAUGAUAGUAACACAGUUUUCCUUAAGGACACUUCAAUAAACAAAAACUUGUCACAAGAUCUAAACAUCCCAGUUUUAGAGGACUUAGAAUAUUGUGUACAAUUCAUGCUUCCCAACGUGCAGAGCCUGACGGAGACCCAGCUUCUUGGUUUAUUAAAACUCAUAGUGAAACUGAGGGAAAAAUGUAGCUACAAGAAUUAUCAAGACACUAUUGCCUCAAAACUGAGAGAUGUCCAACUUAUUCGAGAUGUUCAUGGCUACCUUCAGAAGGUCUCAUACUACUUUGAUGACAAAGUAGACAUUUAUAAGGUUAUGCUUCUAAAAGAGAGGUUUGUGCCAAAGGAAUUUUGGGAGUUGUUCAAAGAUUCAAGUGCUCAAGCAAAGUGCCUUCUAAAGGAAGUGGGACUGAAACAUAAGGUGUCAGUGAAAGAGAUAAUUGAAUUCGCUCUUCAAAUUGAAUCUGAAUCUGGUGCUGGAGGUAAUACUGAACUGCAAGUUCUUAAAUGCAGAUCCUUAACAUUGCUUAAGACUAUUCUGAGUGAUGAGAAAAAAUAUAAAAUUUUGCACAGAAUUGCAACCAUCAAAUUUAUUUUUCCCAUGCAAACUGAGUCAAGACUUCAUGAUUAUCACAAACCUUUUGCUGAAGAAAGAGAAGUUGUAGCCAUCAAAGGAUCACUGUUGGAAAAAAAUCCUGGUCAUCAGAGUCUCAUAUGGACAGCCAUGCCCAUACUACCCUCAAAAGGCUACUCUCAAAAGCAGCUAGAUGCCCUCAGGUCUGCUGGGGCAUUUGAUGAGCCCCUCUCUGAGCACAUAAUGCAAAACCUGAAAAAUAUCUGUAGGUCUCAGUGUAAAACACCAAUGCUAAUAGACACAAGAGCUAAAGUGUUCACUACAUCAUAUGCAUACCUACAGACAAUUGAUUUUAAUGCACCUGAGCUGGUUGACCUUCCGCUUGUCCUCAUUGAAAAUGACACAAACCUUGUGAAAGCAAGCCAAGCAGUUUUCACACUUCCUAAUUAUCUUGAGUUUAGGCCUUACUUAUAUGUCAUUCAGGUGAAACAUGUGAUGUAUGCUGAAUUUUUCAAGAAGGUUGGUGUUAAAGAAAAGGCCAGUGCCACACAACUCUGUACCAUACUCCAGGAAAUCUACUCGGAGACUGUUGACAAGAAAACACUUCAGCCAAACCAGCAGAGAACAGUCCAACGUGCUGUUCAGCAGCUUUUCGCUCUGAUUAAAGACGAGCCAAAAGCACAACAUUUUUGUGACAACGCACUGUAUCUCCCAUCAACAGACGGGAAGCUCUAUGAAUCACACACGUUGUUUUUCAACGACACUGUCUUUCAAGCCAAUCGAUUGGAGACUUCCCUGGAAACAAAACUGAAACUGCUUGUGAAACUGUACCAAUGUCACCUCGAGAAAGACCCUUUUGAGCAUCAGAAGUUGUUGCAGCUAUUGCCCCAGGGAAUUCGCCCCAAAUUCCUCUCUCAAGUAAUUUCUGAGAGCCUUGCCGGUGUGCAGGUGGACCACUGUGAUUAUGGAAAGGCAUGCAAUUUUAGUGGCUGGUUUGAAAAACACUUGUCUUCCCGUGAAUUUCUACAUGGUCUUAUCUGUUUGAUCAGAGAGCAGAGUGAUGGUACCAUUUCACAAACAGAUGCUGCACGCAUGUGUCAGAGAGCAUUUGGUAAAAUCCAGAUUGUCUGUUGCAAAUCUCUCAAAACUGAGCUUUUGUUGAACCAGGAGCCACUAGAAGGUACCAAGGUGGAAACACAGAUUUAUGUGGAAAAACAGGAAGAUGGCUGCAUCUUCUAUUUGAAACACAACAAUAACAUGGCUCCCAAAGUAGUGACAGAAGUCAACCUCUAUCUAACGAAAGAAAUCAAUGGUCUUCUCAAAAACAUGCUCAAUUCUUUAAGCUUACCAGUCCUUGGCCAGCUUUUGUUAUGUGAAAACAUGGAAGAUGUUGAGAGAGCCUUGCAGCAAAAUGGAAUUCUGAACAGUGUGAGUGACGAAGAAGGACUUUGUAGCUGCCUAAUCCCAGGAACUCCUGUGCCAGAAGAAUGGUACGAUUCCCUUGAUAUGCACCCCCUCAACAGUUUUCAAAAAGGCGAAUACGUAGCCUUCAGAAAAGACGAAUCAAAAAUGGAAUACUUUUUUGCUAUUGUGGUAGAGUGUGUGAAUGUGUGGUCAGGAUCUGGAAGGCAAAUACCCUCAAGAUACAAAGUACAGGUUGGGAAUGAUGAGUGGACUGAAGUAAGCUCUCUUGAUCUCUAUCAGUUUAAGAGAGAAAAGCAAUCAUCAGCUUUGGCCACAAAUGGCACCUGCACAGAAAUUGACAUUAUGCCAGAGUGUAUACCAUCAAGGAAGAGGCCCUUACCACAGAACCUGGAGGAGGCCAAAAGAGACAUAGACCAGAUCUUAAAAGAAAUCUUGAACAUGUCAAAUGAGGACAAAAGGAAGGCUAUUAGACGCCUUUACUUAAGGUGGCAUCCGGACAAGAACCUGGACAACACAGAUCUGGCCAACGAGGCUUUCAAAUAUCUGCUGAACAAAAUUGAUGAGGGAGAGAGUGGAAGCACUGAACCCAACACGUCCUCCAAUUGGAAUGACUUCACAGAUUACUAUACCAGUUGGGACAAUGAGGCAAGGUCUCAUAGGAGGGGACGAGAGCAAUUCUAUCAAAACAAUUCCAGAUGCCGAUAUAACUUUUGGUCACAUUACAGAGAAACCCCAAAACCAGAUAUAGAAGAAGCUAAUCGCUGGCACAGACAAGCACAGUGUGACCUUGCUUCUGCUCACAGCGAAGCUGGAGACAGUGGAAGCCCUGAGUGGUGCUUGUUCAAAGUGCAUCAGGCAGUGCAAAAAGCUCUGAUUGCUACGGAGUACCGGAGGAAUGGACAACACCCUGGCAGCCUCUCUAUCGCAAGCCUCGCGCAGCGGGUGUCCCGAUACGGGACCUGCCUGAGCGAUUUUCCCAGUGCUGUGACUGAGCUCAGGGCACUCGGCGUGGACGCAGACAAAACGCAGUACCCAAACCAUCACCCCUUGCCCUGCAUUCCGAAUGAACAGUUCAAAUCCGAUGACGCAAAAAGGGCAGUGGACAUCGCGGCUGAGCUGCUGCAGCGGCUGCAGCGAUUUAUUGCUGAAUGAUCUGUAUUUCAGUUCUAAAAAACUAGUUCAGAGGCUUGAUUUUAAAUGUAACUGUAGUAAUGUAAAUGUAAAACAUGUUGUUUCAGAAGUUUCUACAUCUCGUAAAUUCCAGAAUUUUCCUUUUGCAUCAUUACAACUUACAAAAAUAUGUUCUAAUGGAUGUUCUUUGUAGUGCUUGAGACAAUAAAUGUUGAAUUAGUAAA